GUGGGAGCUGUAGUUCGGCGGGGCCGCUCGCCCCGGGCGCCGCGGGCGUCCCCCGGCCCCGCGAGGCCAUGCCGGGCUUCACCUGCUGCGUGCCGGGCUGCUACAACAACUCGCACCGCGACAAGGCGCUGCACUUCUACACCUUCCCCAAGGACGAGGAGCUGCGGCGCCUCUGGCUCAAGAACGUCUCCCGGGCGGGCGUCAGCGGCUGCUUCAGCACCUUCCAGCCCACCACGGGCCACCGCGUCUGCAGCGAGCACUUCCAGGGCGGCCGCAAGUCCUACCUGGUGCGGGUGCCCACCAUCUUCCCGCUGCGCGGCGUCAACGAGCGCAAGGCUCAGCGGGCCCGGCGCCCCCGCCCCGCCGCCGCCGCCGCCGCCGCCCCGCCGGGCCCCGCCGCCGCCGCCGCCGAGGCCCCUGCAGGGGGCGCGGCCGAGGACGUGAAGCCCAUCGACCUGACGGUGCAGGUGGAGCUCGGGGCCGCCGACACCGUCGGGCCCAUCCCCGCGCGGCUGCCGGUGCCGGUGCCGGUGGUGGCGGCGGCGGCGGCGGCGGGGGAGGAGAGCCAGGCGGAGGGCGGCCCCCCCGACCACUCGUACUCGCUGUCGUCGGGCACCACGUCGGAGGAGCUGCUGAGGAAGCUGAACGAGCAGCGCGACAUCAUCGCGCUGCUGGAGGUGAAGAUGAAGGAGAUGAAGGGCAGCAUCCGCCGCCUGCGCCUGGCCGAGGCCCAGCUCCGCGAGGAGAUCCGCGAGAAGGACCGGCUGCUCCACGCCGCCAGCGCCGGCACCCGCAAGCGCCACGGCCUCUGAGGGCGCCCGGCGCGGGGCUCUCCGUCCCAGAGUCCCCGCCGCCCUCGGAGAGGUGCCGGGCAGGGCGGGGGUGGGAUGGACCGCGGCCCCUCAGCCCCCGGCUGUCGCCGCCCGGUCCCUCCCGCCCGCGCCACAGCGGCCCCCAGCCGGGCGAGCCCUCGCCAUCGGAUUGCCCUGCCUGGGCUGGAUCAGCUCGGUGCCCAACCCCGUUAUCACCCCGACGUUACCCCCGAUGUUGUCACCUCACACCGGGCACAUCAAACCCGCUCUGUGCCGGCAGUGUCGGAUCGCGCUGCUCGUAGCGUGGCUGGGGCCCGAGCCGUCACUGAGUGGAUGUAGGAUAUCAGUUUUCGGCAAACAAACAAACUCGCUCUGUACCGAGUGUGGUAACAGCAACACUACCCUGGAGAAGGCGUGUCCGGCUGCCCGGGCACUGCACCCGCCAUAGGAAUGACCCGGCGAUGCCGCGUCCGGCCUCGCUCAGCGGAGGCACGAGGAAAGCUUUAGAAACCCUCUCAGGGUGAUGUGUUCCUUCAGUAAAUUACUGAUACCAUAACAGACUGCUGUCCCUGGCGUGACAGAACCCCCAGAUUAAAGAGUGCUCUUGUACCUUGUAGUUUCUGCUUUCUCCGCAGCGCGUGCGUGUUCGUUACGGGCGUCUCGAUGCUCUCGGCACUAGGAAGGAUUACAGACUGGGACAAGGAACCCGGUGGCAUUUGACAGCUGUAGUUUAUCUCAUUGGCUUAAGACUCCUUCUAAUGAAACGGAGGCUUUGUAACACGUUGGAAUUUUAAUCCUUGGCUUUCGUUCAGAGAACCGGGAUGAAACAGAAGCGAAGCGAGUUUACCUGCAGUGGUUGCAAACCUUUGCUGUCUAAUCCUCAACUAGUUGGCAUGACUAAUAAUCUGUACAUUAGGCAAGACCAUACUGAAACCUGCUUGCGUGUUCUAAACCAAGAUUUAAGAGUAUUGUAACAAAUCUAUGUGGAAUGAUUGUGUAGUUUCUGUUUCUAGCCAGCAUCAGUCCCCUCACUUUCUGCGACAGGAAACCAAAUCUGCGUUGGCUAGAAAGAGGGUGGAGUGAGGGUAGCAAGGCCACAAGUUUGGGUUGGUUACUAGUUCCAGCUAAGCUGGUGGAACAGAUACCUCAGCACCCUGGAGGAGGAGGAGAGUAUCUGGUGCCCCAGCACAGCCCUGUGGCGAUGCAUCGAUGACAGUGGAUGUUGAGAACAAAAGGCACUUCACCACACUGUGCCCAUAUUCACCUUCGAGCGAGGAGUGCCCAGGGGUUUCCUGGGUCUGUGAGAUCCUUCUGGAACCCGAGUGCGUUGCACUCGGUGGAUUGGGAUGUCACUUUUACUGAAUUUUAUAGAGGUAUUUUCUAAGUGUAAAAAGUAUCUUUAGUUUGAAAUUAUGUAAUCUUUGUAACACUGGCUAAUGUAGCUUUACAACCAUCAGCUUCAACACUGUGUAGGACCGAAAAAAAGGGCACUGUGGGGUUUGGUAGCCAGAGGUUUCUCUUUUGAUCCUGGAGCCCGUUCAGCUCCAGGCUGUCCCAGCCUGCUAUGUGAUGCAUGGGUCAUUUUUCUAUUGUGUGCCAAGUUGGAUGGUCAACUGUAAGGAUACUUCAUGUCUAUCCAUGUACUAAGUACUUCCUGUUAUUUCAUUUUAAUUUAUUCUCUCCAAUCUGUAGCUCUCCAGCUCAUGCUACACUGAUUUUCCUGCGAGUCGAGUUAGCAGCAGUUUUUCUGUUUGGUUGGUUUGGCUUGUUGUUUUGGUUUCUUUACUGUAGGACAAGCAGAUACUUGCUCCAACAUUGGAUUUAACAUAUGAGAUUGGUCCAGCAGAUGUAGAUGCUUCCAUCAAGACAAUAGGCAGCACAACAUCCCUCCUGACAAACGAGGCCGGUUGUGCAUCCUAGAGUGUUGAGAAUGUGCAUGUCGUGACAGUCGUGGUACUUUUUUACCAUUGGGAUGCACUUCAGGAUGUUCAGCCAUUUGGCCUGCUGGACUGGUUACCUGCUGGGCUGUUUGACUUCUCCAGGUUACACUGAGGUGCUAACAUGCUUAAUUUUAAUAAAGUAUAUUUUGUUUUCUUACGUU